AUGAUGAUGAGCUCCUUCCUCAAGGCCACGGCGGUUGCUACCAUGGCAGCUGUCGCCAUCCUAGCGGCCACGGCGGAAGCAGCCGGCUCCUACUACAUCCCGACGCCUGCCAGCCCCGGCUUCCUCUUGUCGCCCAUCUUCCUGUGGGUGGCAGCCAACGUCAUCAUCGUCUGGCUCGUCUCCUCCUCCCGCCGCCGUGGCAGGGCGGCCAACGACGACACCGCCGCCCCGUCCUCGGCCGCGCACGACGGCGAGGUUGUACCGGGCGCCGUAGAAAACAGCUUCUACGCGUCUUCGUCGGAGUACGAUGCUUUCUCCGACGCGGCGCCCAUCGGCGGCCGCCGUGCGGACGACGCGCCGGUGUCGUCCAAGAGGCUGACCCGGGAGGCGAGAGCUGCGGCCAGGAGAAGCGACCGCCCCCGCGUGCGCAAGAAACCGGCCGUCCAGGACGCGCCGACGACCCCGCCGUGGACCGUCGUGGCUGAUGCACGUGAUGAGCCGGCCCACGACGAGAGACAUGGCCAGGCCCUGGAGGAGACGGCGCCUGCUGUAUCCGUCGACGACGACGAAGACGUCUCGAUAGACUCGCUGUGGGCGUCGAUCGUGCAGCGGCGCGCGGCGCGUCCGGUGGUGGUGCGGAAGAGCGAGUCGUGGGGCAACGAGGAGAUGCCCCGGCUGCAGCGCAUCGCCGAGACGGCCGCGGCGCGGAGGCAGGUGCGCAAGUCCGUCUCGGCGGUCGCCAAGGCGGCGGCGGCGGCUGCCCCGACGACGCAGCCACCGCCGGAACCGUCGGCGGCGGUCAGGCAGACGGGGUGGCGCACCCGGGACGUGCUGGUCAGCAUCUCGCCGGAUGAGCUGCUCCAGCGCGCGGAGAGCUUCAUCCGGCGGCAGCGCGAGCACCUGCGCCUGCAGCGGCAGUAA